AUGCCCACACCCACACUGCAAAGGAUCGCUACUGUUCAGAGAACUCACCACGACCUGACUACUCCAGCUACUGGAGGGGCUAUCCUGGUGUCUCCUCCUAAGAUGGAGGCUAAUGGUUGGGUGAAGAGAAGUGACCCUCCGCUGGGUAAAAGCCGUUCCCCAUUUAAACACCUCUCUCUGACCUCGCCACAACGAGCAGCCAGACAGAAUGAGGAGCGGAACCAGCCCCGGUCCUCUCCAGCAGCAGGGGUGACCACUGUGGACCCCCUCCCCCUGAGAGAGGACUCCUGGUCUGGGGAGACCUCUCCAGAGAACCCCCCUGAUCCUCCACCGGAGGCCAAACCCUCCCGUAAACGCACCACCAGCGGACGACCCAACGCCGCCGUCCCUCCACCUGUUAACCGCAUCCAGGGGACGCUCAGAGACCCAGAGUUCCAACACAACGGUAAUUUAGGCCUGAGGACGUCUGAGCUGCUGCUGUGUCCUGGUGGUGGCUGUGGAACUGAUGAUGAAGAUGACAGGAUGUCCCAGAUCUCAUCCAGGUCAGCAGCGUCCUGCUCCAUGGCCUCCCAGGUCCUGGACCGAGCCCAGAGGAGGAAGGACCACUUCUGGGGAAGAGAUAACAGGACGCGCUGA